GUUCCUGUCUCUGUGUUUUUGGUUUUCCACGUUUAUUGUUUUGUAGUGUUCAUGUUUAUCCGUUUUUAUUAAACAUGAGUCAAUAUAACCACGCUGCGUUUUGGUCCUCCUCUACUUCACCACAGGAAAACCCUGACAUUCCUUCUCUUCCCUUCGGAAUGCAUUGCCUGCUGCUCUAAAUUCAACUGGAUGACAAAGUGGGUUAGUUACCCUAGCAAACUACCAUCAAUGACAACUAAUCAGGUCAAAUGAGGCCGGUGUGCGAGGUUGUGGAGGUGCUGGAAUCAUCCCUGGAAAUAGUGUUGUUACCUGGGUGGUGAGUAAGGGCCUGGAGGUCCAUAGCUCCAGGGGGUAAGCUCUACUCUCAUCCCUGGAAAUGGAGUGUUACCCGGGUGGUGAGUGAGGGCGUAACUGCCUGUAUGUGUACUCUCAUGCCCAGAGAGGCCUUUUCCUGGAUAGGGAGUGAGGGCCUUUAGGGAUAUAUGUGUACUCUCAUGCCCAGAGAGGCCUGUUCCUUGAUAGGGAGUGAGGGCCUUUAGGUCUGAAUGUCCAUAGUUCCACUGUCCUUAAGGGGGGCAGAGCAGUCGGCCUCUGUGGAGGUUAGCUGCUCUGUCCCCCUUUUUUUUGGCCCAUUUCCCCAAUCACCGGGCCAAGAGUUGGACUUAGUGCAAUUUCUGAUAUUUUUUUUUUAGGUUACCUACCUUCAAACACCUUGUGAGGUGACUACUUUAAAUGAGGAGAUUAUUUUUGGGUUACCAGUUGCACGGUAAUUUAUUUUUCAGUUAUUUCAAAAAAAUAUUAACCAUACUUCCCGAAGGGCUAGAGGUCCCAAAUUUCGUGUCAUACCCUCUCUCGUGAUGGGCAAGUAGAGCAUGUAAAAACCAAAAUGCCCUGGCAGGAACCUAUGUUUGCAGUAACAUUCACUUUUUUGGCCCCAAAUCUGUAAUUUUCAAAAAAUGAUUAAAAAUACUUCCCGAAUGGCUAGAGGUCCCAUAUUUCGUCUCAUACCCUCUCUCAAUGGGCAACACGUAGAGCAUGUAAAAAAAACAAAAUGCCCUGGUAGGAACCUGUUUCCAGUAACAUGCACUUUUUUCCCAAAACUAUAAACACAAUUUUCUAUUAAGUUUCUAUACAAAAACGGUUUUAAUUACAUGAAAAUGCCCAUCUAUGUAUGCCUUUCGUUUAAAAAAAACCCCAUCCAGAUUGGACAUGUACUUUUUGAUUUAUUCACGUUUUGGUAUUUUGGGGGAUAGCCCAAGAUGGCGGCCAACAAAGGUCAAAUAAGGCCUUGAGGCCAGAUAGAGGCAUAUAAACUUGUUAGGGGUGUUUGUACUUUAGGCAUGUAUGUCCCUUCAUCCCAUGAGAAAGAGUUUGUCCUUUUAAGCCCCUAUGUUUCAUCUCAUUCCCUGAAAAUGUCAUAUUUACCGGUUAGGUCAAAUGAGGCCUUGACGCCUGUUUUGGCUGUACGUUCAAUUCAGGACUAUUUGUCUAAAUUGUCUGGGGAUCUAUGAAAUGCUUCAAAAAGCUCCAAUCUUUACGAAAGUAGUCUCAAAUUGUAGAUCUAGAUUAACAGAAACAGGGCAUGUAAAGUACAUCACUGACUAUCCUAUCCUAUUCGUGGCUCAAAUACCGCGAUUUGAGUUUUGAGUAUCUUUGGCACUGCAGGAUCAUUGACUACAAAACACUCAGCUAUGUUGUGACACAACCGGACAAAGUCCAACCUUUGAUUAAGGACCUUGAAAAACUGGGUGGUUUUGUGAUCAACAAGCUAGAAGAACAAAUAAUUGGGUAAGCACUGAUAAAAUAAUAUAUGUGCAAGUUACAUGCUAUUGGAACUCAUUUGAAAUGUUGUCCAAUUAUAUUAGAUUGUUAAAAUUGUACAAAUGUUUUUGUUAAUGUGUGUGAUAUUUCAGCCAAGUGGAAGUGGCUCAAGUGUUACCCCCAGCUACAGAUGGACUUAUAGAUGAAGAAUCAGACAAGGAAGAUGACCAGUCGGCAUUGUACCAACCGCCAUUGAGCCAGUCAUGGGACACUAAAUUGCGAAAGGGCAUGCAAAGCAGUGGUUUAUACCAAAAGCACCCUCUGGAUUGUGAUCUGCUGGCUGGAUUUGGGAAAUUUCUCCGUGACGACAACAACAUUCCCAAUUUCAAACAGGAGGUUGCAAAUGUGUCAAGGUUUUUGUUUUACAUGGACUCAAACAAACAAUUGCUGGAUUUUGUUAAUAACUUGGAAAAAAGCAGAUCAUUUUUUACCAAGCUUGCAGACAUUGGACAGAAGAAGCAAACCAUUGCCAACUACAUGAAGAAUCUGAAGAGAUUUCUUCGGUACAUCGCCAUUACAAGCCUUAUUCAGACAGACAGAGCCUUGUUUGAGCAAUGCAAGCAUUUCCUCCUAUGCUUGAAUGAACUGCAGAAGUCCAUGAGCAAGCAGGUGUCUAAGGAAAUUACUGGGAAAAGAUACACACAGAUGGUGUCAGUUGCGAAGACACCACAUGAAUGUUGGGAACUUUUGAGGGUGGCGAAGAAGGAAUUUCUGUGUAUCAUUGGGAAGGCCAUGAAUGAAGAAUCCUUGCUGGAAACUGAAAGACUGCACAUUCUGUACUACCUUGAGGCUCUGCUCAUUCUGAAACAUCUCCAAAGGGCUGGAGUGGUCAAAAACAUGACCCUGGACGAAUGGCUCUCAAGGAAAGCGUGCAAGUUGCCAGAUGGAGAGAAUUGGACUGUCAUCGGUGUUAAGAAGCACAAAACAGCAACACAGCAAGUUGCAACCAUUUCGUUAGAUGAGGAGGAAGAGACACUUUUCUUAAACUCUGAUGACACGGAAGCAGAUGAGAGCUUCUUCAUUUCCACAACCGGGAACCCAAUCUACAACCCAUCCAAUGACCUACAAAGGUUUCAUUCCAAAUACAACUUGCCCAACAUCACGAGCCAGGUAGCAAGACGAGUUAUGGAGACAAAUACCAAAGCCAGCUUCACAGACCAACAGAAGGCCCUUGUUGCUGACUACUUGGCCCAUACAACUGCUACAGCUGAAAAGCAUUACCGCAUGAAGACACCAGUCAAUGCCUGCCUGGGAAUGAAGCUGAUCACCAAAGUUGCCAUGUCCGAUGAAUCUAAUAUUGAGACUGAAGGCCCCUCCUGUGCAAGCACAAGUAGAAAGGGAGCAUUGUCCAGCUGCAAAAAGUUGGAUGAGGCACAGGCCUUGAAACUAUUCUAUGAACACUUCCCUGUCACAAUUGAUGGACAUUCAAUCAAGAACAAGGACAGACGACUGAUUGUAGGAAUGCAUGAGAGAUAUUGCUACGACAAGUAAAGAAGCCAGCAAGUGAAAAUGAGAUGGAUUAUGUGAUCGCACACUUCCCCAGAAGACAACCCACUGCACGUCAAGUAGAGAGAUGCAUUGAAAGGCUGAACUGGGAGAAGAACAAAUUGAAAGUGGAGACUGUCCUUUGUCACUGGCAACCUUCAAUUAACACUGACACACCUAAAGACAAGGCAAUUAUGAAGCUUGUGAAGUCCCAGAAGUGGAAAGGACUAAAGUAAUAAAUCACCACAA